AUGAUUUAUUUUGAAGCAAACGUUACUACUACUAUUCCCAAUCCGCCAAUUUCCAUGAAUUCAAAUAAUAAAUACCCCAAGAGUAAUAGUAUAGCAGGCUAUUCUACAAGCAGUCAUUCAGGAAUAGAUUAUCCACAUCCAGAGUAUGCGCAAUCGCAAAAUCAAAUACAUCAACAGCAUCCGGCAUUGCCACACCAGCAAAUGCCACCCCAACAAACACAUCAGCAAACACAUCAACAAACGCAUCAACAAACGCAUCAACAAACGCAUCAACAAACACAUCAACAAACGCAUCAACAAUACCGUCAGCAUAGUGGAUACAAUUCGAAAUUUACUCCACAAGACAUCCAGGUUUUGAAACAGUUGUUGGUCGCGGGAGAGAAAUAUAAGUGGAAGCAAAUCACCAAGGAGAUCAACUACCAGUCUGCUAGCAGAAAAAAUAUGGUUAGUGAGCAAGGUGGAUUUGGAUGCUCGAGCGAUGACAGUAGCACAUCUAACAGCUACGGAGGUACAACCACGGGAAAGUUGAAAAAUGUUUCACCUACGUUUGUCAUUAAGCAAUAUCAGGCAUUACUAGGAUUGCCUAAUAACUCUAUGUAUUUUGGUCUCGUUGGAUCAUCAUUACCUUACGUUGCAGGAUCCAACGGGUGGGAUGACAUUGCUAACGUCUCUGGACUGUAUGAUGGCAUACCCGACGCUCAGAACGAGGUUGAAUAA